GACAUGCCGUUCUUCGGCGUGCGAUGGUUCUCAUAUAUAUUCCGCUACUCACACAGUCCUGCGUCCAUCCGUACGUUUGACUACAACUGGCAAUGUCCAUGCCAACGUCCAUGGCUCUAUCAAUGGCGCGGUCGCGUUCUCAGUGAGAUGGUCACGUGAGCACACUCUUUUCCCUGCUCUCCGCCGACCACUCCCUUCCUGGGUCUUCAGCUCGGCUUGGACAUCAUUCUCCCGUUCGUCCCCUUGUCAACCUCCACCACUCCCCGCUUUUUGCUUAUUCAGGAAGCAAAUUACUCACCUCGUACUCCCGCCCACCAGGUCCCAGUUCGUUCCUACUCAGUCGUCGAGUCCAGCGCUCUUGCGAUUAUUCAGUCAAUCAAUCACAUCCUCGCCUGCGCAUCUUGUUUCUCUCCGAUUGCCAUCAACCAACCGACCAAUUCCACUUCUUAUACAUUGAUAGACCCAUUGGUCCCAAGCUGCCGGUGCUGAUUGGCCGAUACAGGGGGAAAUAGAAAGAAAGUGCACAAUUCGGUUCCCUACCAUGGACCAAAGAACUGUACCUAUUGGCCCUAUUGGACCCAACGGACCUGUCUCCCCUGCAUUUGUAUACAACGGGACAAUUACAUACGCUUCAGCAACAUCCCCGGCAGUUACGGAUACCACUUUCAAUGCAUCUCCAGUAACAAGUCCAUUGCAAAGAGAAGAUGGUUUGACAGCAGAACCUCCCAAGAAGAGACAAAAGCGUAACAAGCCUACCUUAUCAUGUGCUGAAUGUGUAGAACGUAAAACAAAGUGCGAUAGGGGUCGACCAAAUUGCCUUGCAUGUAUUAAGCGACAAUCACAAUGCGUAUAUCAUCUAACAGCAAAUAUACUCGAGGAGACAAAUAGGACAACUGCAAAUGCUCGACGUAUGACCAAACCACCAAAGAAGUCGGGCCCUGGAGCAGGAAACCUUGUCGAACGACCAAGACAAGCACCAGAUCCAAGUGAGAGGAGUGCAUCUCGAGGCUCGGUCUCUUCUUCUACCGGUCUACUUUCUAAUGUACCUUAUUCGCACCCGAAAGCCUCGAAUGUUUUUGGUAUUGGCUCAGAGCACCCCUUUGCAAAUUAUUGGACAUGUCAAGGAGGACUUCCGGAAGUGAUUUCGGUCUUACCAGCCAAGGACCAAGCAGAUAUCUUGAUGGAACGAUAUUUCGAAUGUGUCGAUCCUGUUUAUCCUAUGCUUCACAGACAAACCUUUUAUGCCGAUUAUGAGCAUUUCUGGUCACUAGCAGGACCUGAAAGAGAUAGAACAGAUGCUGCUCUAGUUGCUAUGAUAUUCUCCAUGAUAGCUUUGGGAACCCAAUUUGUUAAUAAUUCUCCGCCAAAAGAGCGACAACAGACUGCUGAGUUCUAUGUAUCUGCCGCUCACCAAUCCCUUCGACUCGGUUCGUAUCUUAAUAAAGCCUCGAUGCGCUCAAUUCAAGCCAUGGUUCUUAUCACGUACUUUCUCAUCAAUGAUAAUCAUGCUUCUGAUGGAUGGGCAUUUGCUGGUAUACUAAUUCGACAAUCUUAUGCUAUGGGUCUCCAUCGCGAUCCCAACAUUGUCAGUCCAAAUGCAUCCAUCUUUGACAAACAACAACGUCGAAAACUUUGGCAAGCAGUCUUGCUCCAAGAUACCUUCCUUACUGUUCUCCUUUCUCUCCCACCAAGCGCAACACACACCGAUGUCAACGUAGAAGAUCUCAUCGAUGAUUCUGGCUCCAUCGCCAAUUGCGAUCCAAACGAUACAGCUUAUAUCCGCGGAUGUUGGACUUUAGCCAACCUCGUCCAAGAAAGCAUUUGCUCUCCCCGCUCGCUAGAUCUUCCCAUCUGUCCUACCGCCCGCCAAAAACACAAACUCAUUUCCGAUUUUAAAGCUGUCUAUCGUUCUUUCCCAGACGUCUUUCGCUCUUGGGACCACGAUUCCAUUUCUGUAGUAGCAGAAACUAACAAGCGUCUUGUACGACAAACACUUUUCUUGACGAGUAAUUACUUUCAUAAUGUGAUGUUACUCCAUUCAAGCGAAAGUCCGGAAGUGCAACCAGAUGUCCGAGGAACUUUAAAUGCGGCCCACGAAGCUAUCAGUGCGUUCUUUCUCCUUUAUGAACUCUUCGAAAGCGAAAGCAAAGUUUGGUGGGUCUUUAAUCAUCGCGCAUUUUUGGAGUGCAUGAUGAUUGGAAAUACGUUGCAGGAAGUGGGCAAAGAUGAAGACGGAGCGGAGAAAUUGGGGAAAGAUCCAUUGUUUGUUAGGGCUAAGGCGGAUAUUGUCCGCAUGAUCGAAAUAAUGACCAAUAUUGGUAACGGAGAAAAUGGCUCACAAGUCGCGCGGACGAGAGUCCAGGUUUUGAGCGAUUAUGUUUGAAGACUUUUCUUCCUUCCUUCCUAGGUUCGAGCCGGCUGUAGCUUUAUCAUACAUUGUUUAAUUACUAGGGGAGCAGGCUGUGUGAACGAGUAGAUGGACAAAUAAGUAAAUGGCAGAUGAAAGAAGAGAAUUGGAAGAAGGGGCGAGGGAGUAGGGAGUAGGGAGAGGAGCAACAGGGACGAUCGAUAACACCAGGCAAUCAUGUGAGCGCGAAUUGUCAAUACGGAUGCGGAUAUGGUUUUAGGAGGCUCGUGUAGAUAUGCAGGCUGAGUAGGGUAGGAUAAGAUAAGAUAGGAUUAGGAUACGAUUGAGUAAAACAGGAGAAUGUUUAAGACUGAAUGCAGAUUCUGAAUAUAUCAUUCUUUCCA